AUGUUAAACUUUUCAGUAUUUAUUCGAAUAAUACUGGCGCAAUAUCCAAAUACUCUAGAUAAAACAAGCAACGAAGAUAAAAUUAAGUUAAGGAUUCUCGCACACGAAUUGUUGGCUGAAGCAAAACUAAAGAUACAUCAAACAGAUGAGAUAAGGGAUAGAUUGUCCAACCAAAUUGGCUUUCAAAUCGGCAUGAUCAUUGGAUUGGAGAUAGAUAUUGAAAGAUUGAUAGAUGUACUCCUCAACAUACCCGAGUAUAUGCUAAAAAAACCUAAUUUUGGACAUGGCUCACCUCCACCUAACGAUGGAUCAGUUCCUCCAGGAUACCCACCAGCCAAACCUCCCGGAAACAUAAAAAGAAAAAUGAGGCAGGAAUAUUUGCUAAGAAAACUCAAUCUACCCACAAAUUUAAGCACUACAAAGAAGAGAUUCUAUAAGAAAUGGCCGGUGGAAGGAACUUGGUCUUUGGAAAAAAUGAAUUAU